CGCGGGCGGCAGCGGCCGGAGCGUGGAAGAUGCCGCUGGGGCUGCGGAGCAAGAAGAAGGACAAGUCCAAGGAGACCUUCAAGCUGGUGGAGAGCGAGGCCCCGGCUCCGGCCCCGUCCCCCGCGGCGGCGCCGGCCCCGUCGCGGCUGCAUUUCCACACGCAGCUGGCGCACGGCAGCCCCACGGGCCGCGUGGAGGGUUUCGGCAGCGCCCGCGAGCUGUACGGCAGCAUCGGCCAGGCCUUCGGCAUCGACCCCGCGCAGAUCAUGUUUUGCACUUUGAACACUUAUAAAGUUGACAUGGACAAGCUCUUAGGUGCACAAAUUGGCCUUGAAGAUUUCAUAUUUGCUCACGUGAAGGGACAACGAAAAGAAGUGGAAAUUCUUAAAACUGAGGAUUUGCUGGGACUUACUAUUACAGACAAUGGGACUGGCUGUGCAUUUAUAAAGAAAAUCAAAGAAGGCAGCCUUAUGGACCAAACCAAAACUGUCUGCGUGGGUGACCACAUAGAGACUAUAAAUGGAAAAAACGUGUCGGAUUGUCGGCAUUAUGAAGUCGCCAAAAUGCUGAAAGAUCUGGAGAAAGGUCAGGUGUUCAAGCUGGAGCUGAUAGAGCCUUUGAAAGCAUUUGAAAAGCUGGAACCGAGGUCCAAAGGUGGAGCUUUGACAGAGGCUAAAAUCUCCAAAGGGAGAGAAACACUUCGCCUGAGAACCAAAGGCUCUGCUACUGUGGAGGAGAUGCCAACUGAAGUUGAAGAAAACGCAAUUAAUAAAGUGGAUGAGCUUCUUGAAGCAUACAUGGGGAUAAGAGAUAAUGAAUUAGCUGCGACCAUUGUGGAAGCUGGAAGAGACAAGAAAAACCCCGACGAGUUCGCGGUGGCCUUGGAUGAGACUCUUGGAGACUUUGCCUUCCCGGAUGAAUUUGUCUUUGACGUGUGGGGAGCGAUAGGAGAUGCUAAGCAGGGACGACUGCAAUGAGAACUGUGCAGUUCCAUCAAUCCCUGUUUGAAAAUACGAAGUGAUUUGCAAAUAUUUACGUCAAUAACUUUAUCGAGAGGAAUUCAGGGUGCUCUGUAUAAAGCGUUCUCGUCUGAGACUUUUCUUUUGCAAAGGAAGGUUUCUAAUAAAGAUGUGAAGGUAAACCCAAAGUUUCGACAGCUGCACGUUUAAAAAAUUUAAUUUGCACGCAGAAAUCACUGGGAGGGACGUGUCAAGGUGAUGUGUUUAUACAGGAAUUUUAUGAAAAUGAUGUAUUUUUUAUUGUACAGACACUUUGAUAUAUCCAUAUUCUGAAAAGCUUUAGACAGAACUCAACCAGGAGUUUGGAUUAUUUUAUCUCUUUAGAGAGGUUUAUAAACUUGUUGAGGAACUACCUAGCUCUGUGCUGCAGUUCCCUGGUUUUCCUUUGUCCCUGUGUAUUCAUGUACACAAAAAGCUGAGAAAACCCCAAAGCCUCAGGUUUUCUUACAGUUUGGCUUGGGCAUUGUCUUUGCUUGUAGACAAAGCUGGGAAGAAGUUACUCUGAUUCUUUAGGAUGCAAAUUCAG